UUGCGCUGCUGGUAGUGUUCUCAGUCCUAGUCGUCGUUCACUUCCCUCGCGUCUAGUACGCAGUUCUCUUCGGUCUUCUCUUCGGUCUCUCUUCUUUAGCGUCUUGACGAUGCGUUCAUUCACAUUCCUUCUGGCUGCGGCCUCACUUUUUGACCUUAGCGUAGCUGGCUAUGCUUUGGAAGAUGACUACAUGACUGACUUCUACGGCGCAUUUGAUUUCUUCACAGCACCCGAUCCCACCAAUGGAUUCGUCAAGUAUGUCGACGAAGCCACAGCAAGGCAGACGAAUCUUAUCAAUGCAUCCACCACUGUUCCUGUCGAGUGGGGCGUUGACUCCACCAAUGAGACUCCGGAAGGAAGGCCUAGCCUCAGGUUGGUGAGCAAGAAGAAGUACAACGCAGGGCUGGUGGUCAUGGACGUCGCGCACAUGCCUACUGGUUGCGGUACUUGGCCUGCCUUUUGGAUGGUCGGCCCUGACUGGCCAACUGGUGGAGAAAUCGAUAUUCUUGAGGGCGUCAACGAACAAACGAACAACGGCAUGACUCUUCACACCGCGCCAAACUGCAAGAUCGGCCCCGAUACCAGCAUCUUUGCCGGCGAAGUCACCACGCCAAACUGCGAUGUCAAUGCCAAGGGCCAGGACAAGAACGUCGGAUGUUCCAUCGAGCACCCAUCCAAGGACAGCUUCGGCACUGGUUUGAACGCGAUUGGUGGCGGUGUCUACGCGACGCAAUGGACUGCCGAAGCUAUCAGCGUCUGGUACUUCCCACGAGGCGCGAUUCCAGAGGAUGUUCUUGGAGAUGCUCCUAGCCCGGCCGGCUGGGGUAUUCCUGCGGCCAAAUUCACUGGAGGCUGCGACAUCGAGAAUAUGUUCAAGGAGCAGCAGAUCGUCUUCAACACUGCAUUCUGUGGUGACUGGGCUGGCGCUGUGUGGGAGACCGGGUCCUGCGCAAAGAAGGCUGCCACCUGUGACGAAUACGUCCAGAACAACCCAGAGGCGUUCAAGGACGCAUACUGGACAGUCAACGCGCUGAAGGUCUACCAAGACAACGGCAACGACACUCCCGCCCCAUCCCCAUCUGGUGCACCUGCGGAGAGCACUGUCAUCUCAGAGCCGGUAUCAGUCCCGACUGGCAACGCCUCAGUGCCCGCCAUCUCCUCAGGCUACGCAACGAUCCCCAGCGAGAUCCCGACAAGCGCGCCUAUCCUCUCGUUCUCAGAAGGCACAUACGUUUUGCCGACAAUCUCUGCUUCCGGAGAGCUGCCCGCGGAAACCAGUGCCCCGGUCGCCGAGCCCACACCGUCCGCCGGCAUCCCCACGUCAGAAGCCCUGCAACCCUCCAAGACAAAGUCCGCCUCUAGCAAACCCACCGCCCCGACGUCAGCGGCCGCGUCCUCCAAGCCCGCAACACCCACCCAGCCCGCAGGCCCCGGCGACAUGCCCGGCUUCCAGUGGCCAGGCAUGAACGGCACCCGCCCGGCCGAAGCGCCCACCAGACCCACCGCCGCACCGCCAAACGACAUGAGUCUGCCCGUCCAAGACCUCCCCAGCGCCAGCGCGCCGCCCGCACAGCCGACACGCCAGCCCGAAGACGCGUCCCCGCCGAUCGUCCCCACCGACGCGGAACCGGCGCCCGCUGCUCCAACAAAGACAGGCGCAGCAGGCGAGCAGAAGACGGUGUAUCAGACCGUGUACGUGACCGUCAGGCCUGGCGCCGAGGUCACGCCUGCCGCGGGCCUGAGCAACAAAGCGGCGCGGUACAUGAGGGAGCACAGGCGGAGGGCCGCUGGGCACGGGCACGCGCGGAUGUAGAAUGCGCUAGCUUGGAAGGACGGGUGGGAUGAUUACAUGACGGAGUUGGAGCGCGUAUACCCCGGUUUCUCGUAUAUACCCUUUAGGAAUUUACUUUUUUUUGCACUCAGCAGCAGGUACUGGAUGUCACUGUGUUCAUGUUUUGGUGUUUGUGUGGACUGGGCACACAGAUCAGGGUCUACAUGUUGCAGGGGAGAAGGACGAGCGUGGUGGCGACCCGGUCCCGCGGAUCAGCCACGUGUGUCGUUAUCUUCGAUAUUGGAAGGCUGUUUGUUACACGCGAGAUCCGCGUGUCGUGGUGAUAGAGCCGUCCUCGGUCCCGGAAAGACACACGCUAGGCCAAAUCACC